GAAAUAUGCGCGAUCGCGACCAGACAGUGUAGAAGUCUCUGGUAAAUUAUAAUUUCCUUUAUCUCUAUGCUAAUCCAGCGUAAUUAACCUCGUUAUUUUUUCCAUGCAUUGGCAAGUUUUCAAUCUGAUGAGAUUUUUUUGGAUGGCAUUUUAGAGGGAGUUUUAUUAAAACAUGUGGAACUGCUAUACAAUUUAUUUUCUAAUGUCGGUUUGAUUAGUUACCUUGAUGUAAGAGUUUCAGUCUCACAAACUUUAAAAACCUUUCAGUAGAAACGUUAGAUAUUGACUGGCAAGAAAUUAAAAUUUUAUGAUUUGCCAAACUUUUAUACUGAUUAUUCUAACUCUAUAACUUCCAAGAUCUGACUGUUUCUUCUCCCCUCUGUUUUCUACACGUUUCCUGAUAAAUUGGUUGUGAGAAUUUGGUGCUGAAUCAAGAUAGCAGUAGUCUCAUUACCCAUUUGCUGAGCUAUGUGUUGAUACUAUUCGCCGGUAACAAAACGAAAAAGGGCCUGGGACUGAAACUGCGAUCGCAAAGCAUGCAUGGAUUGUUUGGCUGGACAGAAAUCAAAAUGGCGUCCAUUGCGAAUGAUAGUAAGCUCUCAGAAACUAAAGAAGAAGGCUUUAUUUUAACUGAAGACGAUAUACCUGGGGCUGUUUUGCAAAACAGAAAUGUAGAGGCAUGCAGUGUGGUACAGCUAAAGCGCUGGCUGAUUUGUAGGGGAGCGAAAACAAGUGGUAAAAAGUCAGCUUUAGUCAGCAGGCUAAAACACUAUGUAGAAAAUGGCCUUGACAAGAAAUAUCUUAGAGACCCCGACAACGGCGCUAAUAUUAUGAAGAAAAAAGCAGAUCUUGGUUUGCUUGAUAAGAGAGAGCCUCAAACAAAUGGAAAAUUUCCAAAAGAAGGUUUCAACUCUGAUCUCAAUGCUCUCCCUAAAGUGUCAUUUGGAACCAUCUGGCGUUACAUGAUCGACUCAGUUGACUCAAAAAAACAACUCUCAACUGCUAAACCUCUUGUAAAGGGGUUCAAUUUUUAUAAGUCUGGGAACGUACAUUCUAUUCACCAUUUAAAGGAAAGUGGGAAGCACUUUAUAAAGAGCCAAGUUCUCCCAUCAAUGAAAAAGAACUUAAUAUACCAAUGUCAAAUAGUAAUGUCAAGUAUUGGAGGAGUACUCAAAGCAUAUUGUGGUUGCCCAGCAGGAAUAGACGGAAGAUGUAAUCAUGUGUCUGCAACUCUCUUUGCCUUGGCUGAAUAUUGCAAAGAAAGAGAAAAGAUCUCCAUAGAAUCAUGUACUUCUAAACCAUGUAAAUGGAAUAUCCCAAGGAAACGAAAAGGUCCUCUAUCACCAAUCUCAGCCAUGUCAUUUCAUAAACAUGACUACAGCAAACAAGUUAAGACUGACAGAACACCAAAUAUCAAGAAAGGGAAAGAUGUUCGAGCUAUACAUCAGAGAGAGUGGUCAGAUGCCAAAGUGAACAAUAUGUUACAAACUAUCAAAGACUAUCAAACCAAAAGUGGUAACAUUGUUGGCUGGAGUCACAUACUGCCACAAGAGGUUAAAGAAGAAGACACCAUUGUUUCGCCGCUCAAAGUCCUUCCACCAUCCCUAAGGGAAAUAAGUGAAAAAUGCAAAGAAAUUGAGAAAAAGUUGAAUCUAGAGGAAAAGGAAAUUACCAAAGUUGAGCAAAAGACUAGAGGACAAUCAGAGGACAAGCUUUGGAAUUAUCACAGAAAGUGUAGAAUAACAGCUUCGAAAUGUUACCGGGUUGCCUCUUUGAAGCCCACUACAUCACCAACAAAGGCACUUGCAGAUGUCUUACAGUAUAAUAAACAGUAUCAGAGUUUUGNUUCUGAGAAUAGAACAUGUUUAAAUUGCAGUUCACAAUUGCACUGA